UUUAUUGACUAUACAUUUGAAAUGACAUUUUCAAGUUAUCUUUCUUUAUAUAUUGUGAAAUUUCGAAGUGCCACGUAUUUGCCACGUACCUUCAAAGUUAAAGCAAGUGCGGAAAAUAUUGAAACUUUUGAUCUUGUUCAUUAAGAGGCCAUAGUUCUCAUUGACAUCAAUAUUGGCGUGAAAUAACAUCAAUAAAUAAAUUCUUUCAACAAUAAUUAUUAAUUCUUCUUUAAAAAUUUUACAAUUGAUUAAUCAUGAAAAGAGUACUGAUCAUCUGUUUGCUAAUUGCUCUGAUAAAAAGUGAAGAUGAAUAUACUGAUGAAAAUAUUAUGUUUUUAAAAGGUUCUCUUUUAAACUCGAGCAUCUACAUGAAAGAGCAUAGUGUAAAGGAUAAUGCUGCAAUUUUCGUAGGUGGAGGAAAAGUUGGAAAAAGUACAUUACUUAAUUACUUAAUCGGCAAUGAGUUAAAAGCUAUAUCUGAACGUGGAAGACCAAUAAGUCUAAGAAGAGCAGACAAUACAUCUGAAGGACCAAUAAUUGGUGGUGGUUCAGUAUCAAAUACUACAGUUCCUAGAAAAUACAAUUCGAAAGAAUUCGCCAAUUUGUCCCUCUGGGAUACUCCUGGAUUUAGUGAUAAUAGAGGAGAAAUUCAAGACAUUAUCAAUGCAUUUUAUAUCUAUCAAUUGAUAAAGAAUGUUGAUUACUUAAAAGUUGUUUUAUUAUUCGAAUACUCUGAACUUGUUAACAAUAGCAUUAAUAUAUUUAUUCAAGUCAUAAAUAGUCUUGAAACUCUGUUGGGAAGCGAGUACCAAGAUUUUUUUGAAAGUGUAACAGUAAUCUUUUCAAAAGUAAGUCCCGAUGAAGAUGAUGACUAUUUUGGUUUUAUAGAUUAUUUUAUAACAAGUCAAGUUUUACCACAGAAGUCUAUAUUACAUUUGAACAACUUUACAGUAAAUUUUCUCGAAUUUCUUAAAGAUCAUAGAGAUCAUAUCGGUUUCUUCAAAAGAGCGAACCGUGAUGGUCCUGUUAAUUCAAGUGAUAUUGAUGUAAAUAUUAUUUCUGCUAUUAAAAAGUCCUCGAGAGUAAUAGGAAGUUGUCUUCUCGAUUUACAUCCAAGUAUAUCUGCGUUAUCAAAGAAUUGGCUGUACAAAGCUGCUAACAUAUUGCAGUCACAGGUUGAAUAUAUUAAUCUGUUAAAUAAUACGAAACCAUAUAUCGAGAAUUUAUCAAAAAAAAUAAGUGAGUUGGCUAAGAAUAGAAAUUUAGUGGAAUUAAGAGCCAUUAAAAGAAGCUUAAGAAAUGUUAUUUCAAUUUUUAAUAGAAUAUAUAAAACAACCGAUUUUGAGGAAACUAUUAAACUUUAUAAAACAGUUGAUGAUUCAAUAAAAGAAAUUAUUGAUUCGAAUAAAUUGCUGCUAAAAAUUGAUCUAUUGCUUUUUGUUGAUAAAUUAUUGGAAAGAGAAACAAAUAAGCAAAUUUUGAUGAGUUUGCACACUAUUCUACUUCCCACACAAGAUGUUUUGAAUAAUUGCAUUUGUCAAAUUGAAAAUUUCUUAGGUGAAACAGAAAGAAGAAAUUGUAUUGAUGAAUUGGAUAUUUCUAAAGCUCGUACUAAAAGAUCUUUAGAUGAAAAGAAGAAUGAAAUUGAAGCUUUGAAUAAUAAAAGUACUAUUAAUAAUUUAUGGGGUAUUGUAAAACAGAUUACUGAUGAUAUUAAUCAACUGGAACUUACAUUGUAAGUGAAUUUAUCAUACUGUGUAGUAUUACACAAUUAUUUUUGAUGAUUUAAUUACCAUAUUAUGUUAAUUAUUAAUUUGUUAUUAUAAUUUGUUGUUAAAUAUUUUUUGUUCAUUAAAAUUUGUUUGUGGGGUUCUAUUAUAAAUUAUCGACUAUAAUUGUAAAUAAUAAUUAGUUUUAUUAAAAUUGUCAUUAUUAUUAUCUUACAAUGGUUGUUAUGUAACAAUAGUUUAAUGAACUUGCUUAUUAAUUUGCAUUACUUAUUAUUACUAUUGAUUAUUAAUUGACACUAGCAACAAUUCUCGCUCGUUUUUUUUAAAUAAAAUUAGCAAUUUUUAAA